AGGCACAGGAAGCGGAAGAAGCCACACUGGUCUCGCGCUGCCUGGCGCAGUCGUGGUUCUGCUAACAGCUAGCUACCUAGCCGAUCCUCGGUCGCUCGUCAUGGCUGCCUCCAAGCCGAUCGAGCCGCAGUCCGGUAGUGGACUACCCCGUUGGCAGCUGGCUCUGCUGGUCGGCACUCCCAUCGUGCUGGGAGUCGGCGCUGUGUACUUGUGGAAUCGCAGGAGGACGAAGGAGAGGCGAGGGAAAGGGAGCGGGGAGCGUAUAACACCUGAAGGAAGUGCCAGUCCAGAGCAGGGCCAAGACAGCGCCUCUCGGGCCAACCGAGAGCCGGAGAACAUGAGUCCUUUGGAUCGGGCCCAAGCAGCAAAGAACAAAGGCAACAAGUACUUCAAAGCAGCCAAGUACGAGAAUGCCAUCCAGUGCUACACGGAAGCCAUCGCCCUGUGCCCCACUGAACAAAAGGGCGACCUGUCAACGUUUUACCAGAACAGAGCGGCAGCCUAUGAGCAGCAGAAUAAAUGGACAGAAGUGGUGCAGGACUGCUCUCAGGCAGUUGAGCUCAAUCCGCGCUACGUCAAAGCUCUCUUCAGGCGGGCCAAAGCACUGGAGAAGCUCGACAACAAGAAGGAGUGUCUGGAAGAUGUGACAGCGGUGUGCAUCCUGGAGGCCUUCCAGAACCAGCAGAGCAUGUUGCUGGCAGACAAGGUGCUCAAGCAGCUGGGAAAGGAGAAGGCCAAAGAGAAAUACAAGAACCGUGAGCCGAUGAUGCCUUCUCCCCAGUUCAUCAAGUCCUACUUUGGUUCUUUCACUGAUGACAUCAUUUCCCAGCCCCUGCAGAAGGGCGAGAAGAAAGACGAAGACAAGGACAAGGAGGGCGAGGCAUCCGAAGUCACUGCCAGCUCCGGCUACCUGAAGGCAAAACAGUACAUGGAGGAGGAGAACUACGACAAGAUCAUCAGCGAGUGCACCAAGGAGGUGGAUUCCGAGGGUCGAUAUACCGCCGAGGCCCUGUUGCUGCGCGCCACCUUUUACCUGCUGAUUGGCAACGCCACUGCCGCUCAGCCCGAUUUGGAUAGAGUCAUUAAUAUGCAGGACGCCAACGUCAAGCUGCGAGCUAAUGCUCUCAUCAAGCGUGGCAGCAUGUACAUGCAGCAGCAGCAGCCGCAGCUCUCCACGCAAGACUUCAACAUGGCAGCAGAGAUCGACACGCGCAACCCCGACGUGUAUCACCACAGAGGGCAGCUGAAGAUCCUGCUGGACCAGGUGGACGAGGCGGUGGGAGACUUUGACGAGUGCAUCCUGCUAAGGCCCGACUCGGCUCUUGCCCAGGCGCAGAAAUGCUUCGCCCUUUAUAGACAAGCUUACACUGGCAACAACACGUCGCAAGUCCAGAUCGCCAUGGACGGCUUUGAGGAUGUGAUCAGAAGGUUCCCCAAGUGCGCCGAGGGCUAUGCGCUCUACGCUCAGGCUUUGACGGAUCAGCAGCAGUUUGGAAAAGCAGAUGAGAUGUACGACAAGUGUAUUGAACUGGAACCAGACAACGCAACUACAUAUGUACACAAAGGGUUAUUACAGCUUCAGUGGAAGCAAGACCUGGACUUGGGUCUGGACCUCAUCAGCAAGGCCAUUGAGAUUGACAACAAGUGUGACUUUGCCUAUGAAACAAUGGGAACCAUCGAAGUUCAGAGGGGCAAUCUGGACAAAGCGAUAGAGAUGUUCAACAAGUCCAUCAACCUGGCCAAAUCCGAGAUGGAGAUGGCCCACUUGUACUCCCUAUGCGACGCCGCGUACGCCCAGACGGAGGUCGCCAGGAAGUACGGGCUCAAACCUCCGACGCUGUAACUCCCUUGACCGGUCGCCUCCCAGCCGGGUGGUCCUUUGCUAAACCUAAACGUGUUAAACAUGCAAUUGUCUUGACUCGCAUUGGUUUGUUUCAACGGAGGGGAAAGCGCGAUUUGUAAGAUAAAAAAAAAAAAAUGACAUGGCGAAGCUUGGAAAUAUAUGCAGCAUCGUGUUCGGAAUGCUUACUUUCUUUUCACAAACACAGGAAUGGUCUUAUUAUGGAAGCCUGACUCCGCCACUCAAACCAAAAAUAUCCCAAUGGUAGGUCAUAAUAAUUCGAUAAAAGGUUCAAGGUUUAUCAAGAGAUAAAGUCACAAUUGUCAAUUGAAAGUUGAGGGGGAAAAAAGUCAAAUUUUUGAGAUGAAAGUCAUAAUUACAAGAUAGUCACAGAGUAAUAGAUAGUCAUACUUGUGAGUUUAAGUCAUAAGAGGUGAAGGUCUGAGAUAGUCAAAAUCUCACAAUUUUGACUUUUUCCUCUCAUAAUUAUUUAGCAUUGGGAUUUUUUUCCUCCUUUCGGUGGCGGAAACAGGCUUCCAUAUCUUAUUGCUAGAAAGUUUGCAGCCAAUACGUUGCCAUGAUCCCACAAUGAUGAUACCUUUACCAUAUCAGUUCCAAAUGUAAAAGUAUAGUCAAGUACGUGUAACGUCUGUGUUUGUAAUGUUGGGGUUGAUUCAUGGAUAAAAGGCCUCUGUGGACUUAGCAUCAGAACCAGGAAGUGUUUGUUUGGGGUUUUUUUUUUAAACAUGGGAUUGCCUGUUUUCUUUUUAUAUAUAUAUAUUUUGUGCAGCAUGUUAACUUUCUAAAUAAAUGUAAAUGCGAUGCAACACUAGGAGAACCUUCACUAUGAGACUGACCCAAAUAAGGAAACAACCUGUUUUGUCUUAAAUGCUUUUGUAAAUGUUGAACUGCCCUUAGAAAACUGGAUACAUUGCCAACACAAUUUCGGGGCUAUUGUUCAAUUUAUUUUCCACUUCAUGUUCUCUCGGGGGCAGGGGGGGCUAUUUUCUUGACUUCUCUCACAAAGUGAGACUUUGCGUUUGUAGCCUACAUGCAGCCCUCACAAGCUCUUAUCAUGUAAGUGUAUGAUUUGGUUCUCGUGUAGCAUAUGCACAUAGAUGAAAAUGAGCUGCUACACAGUAUGGUUUCAUUUUUUAUUUUAUUUACCAUUGGUGGGCUUACAUACUUGUACCCAGGAACCAAAUCAUGCAUUUGACAUCCUCUUGAUUUCACAGACACAGGCACAAUCCUCUCAUUACAAACUUGGACAAAUUCCACCUGACAUUCUUACUCAAAAUGUAUGGUGACCAAAGUGAAAUUGAAUCCUAAUAAAGUUAUGAUUCCUGGAA